GCGCCAUGCUGCCGUGGCCGGAGCCGGCACCUAGCAGCCCCGGCGGCGGCGGCGGGCGAGGCGGGGACGGCGCUGCCCGGCCGCGGCCAGCCCGCAGCAUGCCGCGCCGCGCCGGGGGAGGCAGGUGACAUUGCUGGGGGCAGCCUCGAGCGCGGGGAGCCGCCCCCCGGAGACCGCGGCCGCGCCCCGGCCCCGAAAUAUGAUCCGGGGCGCUUGGAUGUAUCCACGAGCAGACGCUGACGCGGCGGUGAGGGUGUGCUGCGCGCCCCGGCACCACGACAAGCCCUGCGCCGACUCCGAGCGGGCCCAGAAAUGGCGAAUGUCCCUCGCCUCCCUCCUCUUCUUCACCGUGCUCCUGGCUGACCAUCUGUGGCUCUGUGCCGGCGCCAAGCUGCGGGCCAAGGAGAGGAGCCUCAUGCGGGCGGCCGCGGCCGGGGCCCCGCUCCUGCUGCCCGGGGCCCGGCAGGCGCAGGAGGGCCGCUGCGAGCUGCUCUUCAGCAACCUGACCAAAUGGGCUGCGCCCGUCCCCCAUUGCACUGGUGCCCGGGGCAGCCUCGACCUGGACUCGGCUUGCGCCACCCUCAAUUAUUUGCAACGACUCUCGGGCUCUUUCCCUGCCGCCCCCUUCAGGCCCCCUCCUUCCUCCUCCUCCUCCUCCUCCUCCAAAAGGAACUUCUUACAGGCUUAUUUUAGGAACUUCACCCUCUCCUUUUGUGAUACUUACACGAUCUGGGACCUGCUGCUGGGCAUGGCUGGCCCGGACAGCUUGGAUUGCAGUUUGGACAACCUGAUGGUGGAUUUUGUGGCUGCUGCGGCCGGGGCCCUGGACGGGGAGGCGUGUAGCAGCUGCGUGCAGGCGUAUCAGAGGCUGGACCAACACGCUCAGGAAAAAUAUGAGGAGUUUGACCUCUUGCUGGAGAAAUACUUGCAGGCAGAGGAGUAUUCUGUGCGAUCCUGCCUAAGAGACUGCAAGGCUGUCUACAAGGCCUGGCUCUGCUCCGAGUUUUUCAAUGUGACACAACAGCAGUGCCAACACCGGAUUCCAUGCAAGCAAUACUGCCUGGAGGUGCAGACCAGGUGCCCCUUUGUGUUACCUGACAAUGAUGAGCUGAUCUAUGGAGGGUUGCCUGGCUUCAUCUGUACGGGGUUGCUAGAGAACCAAUUAUCCAAUGAGGAAGCAAAAUGCUGCGAUGUGCAAUGGGACUCCUGUGACCACCCACCAGACAGCAACUACAACACAUCCCCCAAAUCCACGGAGUCAGAGUCGCUCCAUUACCACCGCCACGACCCCCACCUUCAUCACCAGCAGCAGCAUCAUUAUCACCUCUACCACCAUCACCACCAUCAGUACCACCAACCCCACCCACCAUCUUUGCUGCCAGUGUCUGCAGGGUCUCGCCUCAGCAACAGCAAAAUCAGACUUUGCGUCCUGGUCCUUAUGCUUCUCCACACCAUGGUGUCCUUCUCAAGCGUGCACAGCGGUGGGGGGGCUGCCAGCAGGGGGCUGAGUUUGGAGGCCCUGCCUGCCAUGGAUGAGAGCAUAACAAGAGAUGAGUGACCCAGAGGGAAAAGGAGACCUCCAAGAAGAAUGCCGGAUCUUUUCCUACUAAGGGGGGCACAUGCUAUUCCUCCAAUGGGAGGCACAGGAUUGGGGGUGACAUGCGCACACACACCCUCAUCCACCCCCCAAGAGCUGCUCGCCGCGGGGCAUCCCCGUGAUGAUGAGGCUCUAAUGCGCACAGGGCUGCGGGACUCAGCUUUGAGAAGGGUUCGGUUAGCAGCAGCCUGUCAGUGAUGUGCAUCCUGCCUCAUAGAGGCACUGGGAGCUAGCGCAAAGGAGGUAUGGCAAGGGGAAAGGGACAGGGAAGGGAGAAGGGUCCCUUUGGAAGAAUUCCCUUUGGAAUGCUGGCAGUCUCCCUGCCACCUGAGAGGUGUUUCAUGAGGCACCCAGGCUUUACCCACCCACUGGAUACUUUGGUGCAAAGCAUAGAAGAAACUGGUUUCUCUAGGAUUCCUUUUUCUCCUCAGCUUUUAAGCUUCAUUAUCCUCUAUUCCCAAAGCUUCUAGGGUGAUGUAUGCAGUAACAGCUCCCCAAACACUUGCAUCUCACCCCAAAACAAAUACAAGUUAAUUCUCAACCACCCCCCACCUCCCGACCUCCUUCUUUCUGUGGGACAGUUUUGGGUCCUUAAUGUGCCAUUCCUCUGUCUGGGCAGCCCUGGUGUGUAAGGCUCACUCUGUUGCCUACAGAUAGGAUCCAUUGCUAAAGCUCAGUUCCUGGGCUGUAGGUGGAUUACGCUGCACUGUGUGCACCAUUCGUGAUUCACCUAAUUAGCUUUCUUACCUCAGUCAACCCUCCUUCUGUGCCUGACCCUGUCCCCCUCUUGCCCUAAUAUUCUGAGCAUGAAGAAAGUCCCCUGUGGAUGUUGCCAGAGGUGGUGGGGAGGGAUGGGGCAUGGUAUGGAACAGGACACAGUAUCCUCAGGCUUCCUAGUGUUGCACUUUGCUGCUUUUUUUUCUCUUGUUUGACCCUGAAGAGGGCAGCGCAGGCCACCUGUUUGGUGCAUAAGCUGAUGGAGACUUGUGUCAGGUCACAGUGGGCAGUUGUCCACAGUGGGUGGCACUGCGAUUGCAUUCAUUUGCGGUGGGGUCAAGGCUAGUAAUGACUAGAUAAAAGGUAGAAGCAGCUUUCUUACAAGUUUCCCACUGACAAACUCCUACAUGAUAUGGGGCAGGGAUUGGAGAAAUCCAGUCCAUAGAGAAUAGGUCUCUCACACAGAGCAUCAUCUGCUAAUAAAGCACAGGUAUGGGAGACUGAGUUUAUAGCACUGCACCCAGCACUUCCUACCCACAGAUAACCCUAGAGCAGCUGAUUCUGGGAGUCCUGCUCAGUCAGCACAACUCAGCCUGGGUUGCAAUUUGGGAUAUUGGGCAGCCCCAUUCUUUGUCCCUUCCUAGCUGGGAGUUCCUCUAGGUUUGCUUUAGAUUUGCUGGGUUUUGCCCCAGACCUGAACUACAAUAAAGUAGGGCCCAUCUCCAGAGUGGUUCUUUUCAUGCUAUAUGGUGGUGUUCCUGUAACAAGCUGAUGCAAGAACGAAUAACGUUAGGAAGGAAUAUGUGAGGGCCUGGAUGGAAACAGAAAAAUAAAUUAAUCAGGGUUGAAAGAAGGUCAGGGCUCAACAUGAACGAGACCAAAUCUCCCUCUGAAAGGGGAGCUCACCAUUUAACACUGGCAAUGUGAAGCAGAAAACCAUUCUGUAUUCAGUUACAUGCUGUCUUUCUCUCUAGGUCACAGUGACCUGGAGGGUUUUAAUAUGUAUCUAAAAUGGUUCAUUUGCAGCAGAAGGAAAAGUUUAAAGCCUUUCAACUGGUUCUAGAUCCCACUCAGCUACCAUGUACCAUACUACAGUUUACUAUGUUUAGUGGCCCAAUGGAUUUUAACCUUCAGAUGAAGUAACCCAACUAAAAUCAGAAUCAGAUUGAAUCUUCUGCCAAGCCCAGACUUCUGUGAGGGUCAGAGAAAUGCUUAACAUUCAAGAUUUGUAAUCUUUUUGUAUGUUCUGAGUUCUGCUGGAUUGAAGCAGAAAUAAGCAAAAUGCUGAGAGAAAAGCUACUUCCUAUCUGGCUGGAAGAGGGAAAUAUUAGAAGUUGCAUGGAAAAGCCUGAUUUUUCUGACAUUUCGGAGUCCAUUUCUAGACCAAGGAGGCUCUGAAAAAAGCAGAACAUUUGGACUCUUAUUUGACUUGAAUCUCAGUUUUCUAGCAUGAUUUCAAAUAUUAUAAGUUUUCAUGUGUUACCAAUCCUGAAAGUAUCCAGCCUGUGAACACAGUUUCCCCGCUGGUUAUCAGGCACUAUGUCAUAAAGCUAACAUAACUACUUUUCUGGGCAGGUGAAGGAGGCUGAAGAACAGAUUCGAUUGUCAUUGGAAUCCACAGUAGGUAGGACAGGCUAUUAGGUAUCUGCAAUGGCAUAUAAGUAUUUGCACAUUUGUGUACUCUGAUCUGAGAACUAGUAUGUGCAGCAGGUUGGCAAGUCUGCAUUGGACAUCUUUGUUUGCUUUGGUAUUUGAAACCAGGCUAUGUGGCUGCUGUGAUGCAUAACUAGGGCAGACAGUUCAGCCACAGGAAGCAGUAGAGCCACAUUGCUGUCUCAGGACAAAAGACUCUAAUACAUGUCUAAGGAAAGUAGGCUUUUCUUACCAGAUAGCUACCGGAUUCCCAGUGCCUGAUGCAGGGAUGGGAUGAGUGCAGUUUUUUAACAAUAAAAUGGGACAGGGCAGAGUACGUCAGUACAGCAUAUCAGCCCUGGUCCUGAGCCACCAAACUUGCUCUUUGUUUGUUCUGAGUUCUGCCAGGGCAGACAGCAGCAUUCUGGCUAUGGUUCAGUUACUGGCAACUUAGCAUAGUGACCUCUUUUUUUUAUCAUACUUUUUUGUGCAUGAAGGGCCUCUUCAUGCAAGAAGCAGCAGACAGUAAUCUUCUUGAAUCUUUUUUACAUAAAGGCAGGGUAAAGGAACCUGAAUACAUGUCAAAGUAAUGAUGCCUACCUGAAGCACUCGCAGCACUACCAGAGCAGUGGAAAAGGGUAUAAGGAUAAAUGAGACUCAGGAAUCUUAGACAUGUCAUAUGAUAACAGGAUUCCAUGUAAUGACACACGGUGAGUUUUUGUGCAGUCCUGUAUAUUAUGUGAUCCAGUUGCAGACCCCCCUAUUUGGGGUACUUGGCCCAUCAUAGCCUGAAGGUCCAACCUGAAGUUGAGAGAGAGAAUUUGACAGAGGCUGCCAGCAUUUUUUAGGACAGGUGUUUAUUAGAUCCAAGCUCAGUGCUCUAAAACUGAGAAUAGAGUAGGUAGUGUUUUGUGGCCAUGGGAUGGGCACAAGGAAGCUGUGGAGGACUUUGCUGGAAUAGAUUCUGCACUUCAGGACAUGUAGUUGCCUCAUGAAGUAUCAGAGGAUAAGCUUUACCCCUUCCCCAAAAACAAAAUAGGCUCCUGUUUCAGGAUACCUAUAACCUAACCAUUGUCCUUUUGUCAUUUGCUCUAUUCCUUCCACAUAUCACUAUACCUGACAUGAGAGUGCUUUCUAGCUUCAAGGUGGCAAAGCUGUGGUGAGAAGUGCCAUCCCAUGUGAGAACAGAAUGGGAUGCUAUUCUCAAGGAUUCCUGCUUUGAUCUCCAUCCCAGUCUAAAUCAGGGCCCAGUCCUGCAGAGAAACCCACUUUUUCAGAGAAGUGGGGCAGGGUGCACACUGCAAUGUGAGUGGUCAGCCUUCUCAUUCUUUCAGUUUCAGGAUGUACAAACAUUCCUUCCUUAUUUGGUAGGUGGUAAUGGACUGCUUGUCUGGAGUGGAUGGGUCACUAACUACAUCCCAGCAAGUUAUUUGAGAGCAGUGGGAGCAGAUUGGGGUGAAGCUCUUUUGAAAAUCUGGGCCUAACUAUAGCAAGAGACAAAAUUGCAGGCACAUGAAGCUACCAUGUGUAGAUGGGCAGUUUUAGUGAGCUGAAUGCUAGGCAACUACAUGAUAAAUAAAGAAGCUUUAUAGAAUAGUUCUGGUGUGGAAUUAUAAUAGGAUCCAAAUAUUUGUCCAAUUUACAGCCUCCUGUAAGAUUCAUAGGUCAGAGCCUAUUAUUAAGUCAACAUGCAGGCCAUCCCAUGUGCCUGGCAUAAAGGAUGGUGUGAUUUAAGCCUGGUCCAGAAUUGUUAUUGGCAUAACGGAGUCAGGACUGUCCGUUGUACUUAGUGUGAUUGGGAGAACAGACUUUGGAAUGCAUUCUUCUAUCUAACAAGUCUAGCCUGUCAUCAGUAAAUUCUGCGGUGUAAGGACACUAUAUGCUGUAUUCAAAACUUUGCCAGCCUAGUUAAAUCAAUCCAGUGUGAGCAGUUUUCAGGACAGAAUUGAGCAGCUGGAAGGUAUGUUUAUUACACUCCAUCAUUAUAAAGCAGGCUGAUAACAUUUUCUCUUUGUUUUCGUAUUACCAUCAUCAGAAACCUUUGUGCUAAUUUUCUCUCUAAUGGGAAUGGAUGCAUCCUCUCAGUAGAAGUCUAGAGAGGAGACUGUAAUCUUGCCCUAGUAAAGCCUGCCUACAUCAUUUUCAUUAUAACAAUGCUGUCUAUAGCCCUGGAAUUUAGUCUAUAAGACAAGCAUAUGGAGCUCUACAGAAUGCAUUCAUAUACAUCCUCCCGCAAUAGGACUGAACAUGGACUUCAAAGGCAGGGUCACUUCCGCAAGCAGAUUACAACACUGCUAAAUCUAUUUGAGUGGACUUCCUUUGCUAUGAGUGCAGAACCAAGGGGCUGUUUACUUAUCUUUUUGAUCCAGUGUCUUGGACUCGCUACCCCAGAAAAAGACUUCAAACACUGGUAUCAAUGUGUAAAAUCAACUUUUCCCCUUCAGAGACCAAAACAAUCUCUUCUCCACUGAUAAAGAGCCUGUUUCUGCAGCAGUAAUACCUUGCUGACCUUCUGGUACCAAGAGCUUCCUCUUCCCUGCAGUGUCUGUCCGGGUCAGUGUGGGGAGCUCUUCACUAGGAUGUUUUUACCUUGCUAAGGAAUAUACAGUGCUUAGUGGACAGUCAUUCACAUUACAUGGCCUCCACCACAUAAUUUGACAUGGUUGCCAGGCUCUACUUGGGAGACACUCAGGCCUGAAACAGCAGAAGAGCAUGGUAGGUCAGACUGGGUGGGGAGAAAGGUGCUGAGAGAGCUGUGAGGUGGAAGCUACUUAUUUUCUCCCUGACAUGGGUAUUUGUUUUGUGGUGUGUACUUUAAAGUAAGUAUAAGUUGCAUAACUUCUCUAAAAAUAAGGGAAGGAACUUCUCCUUCCACUUUCCCAAAAAAGGCUGUGUCCUCCAGUGGGAAUCAAUCACUAGUUGAACCUCUUUCCUCUGAAAAUACAAAUCUACUGCAGCCCCCAGCAAAAAGUUCCCAUGGAGACUUCUCUCUAUCCAGGCUCUGCUCUGGGUAAAUCAUUUUGAAGGAGUCUGAAGCCUGACAACUACAGCAGACCAUGUUGAAUAACUUGGCAACAUUCAGAAAGCAUCUUGAAGUGGUUUUUGUUGAAUGCGUUUUUGCUCUGCUUCAGUGGGAGAUGUCACGACAGCUCUGUCAUCACCACUCAGCACCCAGAAAACAUCUCCCUUUGUCCCCUGCACCCUCAAAAAGCCCUUCGCUAAUGGGACUGAUCACAUUCCAGAGCUUCUAGUUAAUAAAUAUGGUGCCUCAUUGUCAGCAACAUAGUGACACAGCUGGGCUCUCCAGACAGAGUGUGAUCACCAGCAACGCAGGGUUUUUUUGCUCUCACCCUCACUGCCCCCCCCCUUGCCCCAGCUGGCACCUGGGACAGUUGCCCCAGUCACCCAGCCCUAGUUACACCACUGCUCGCUGGCACAACAGUGACACCUUUCAUUUUGAAAUACCCCUCGUUUCCUUUCCUCAUCCUGGUCUUCUUGUGCUGCAUUUGAGCUAGAGAUUAGUGAUUUAGAUCAAAUUAUUGUGGCUGUUUUUACUGACUGGGGAACAUUCUAUUAUGCUUUCUGUCAAGAACAGUCACUCAGAGGUUUUCUGACUUCUUUUUUGCUUUCUUACAUAUUUUUACACAGACACAGAAGAACUUAGUAACUGGUAACAAAUUACAAUCUGACACCUAGCUGCCACCCCUCUAUCUAGCUGGAAGGAAAGCUUUAUUAGAAUUUAUUAGGGGUAAAACCAACAGAAUUCUACAGAAAUUUAAAAGGAUUGUAUGGAAAUCUAUGCAAUAUAAAAGGAAAUAAGAUCCUUUUGUAGACUUUCUGAGCCAUUCUGCUGUAAUCUAAAAACAAGAAUAUAAAUCUCUGUUGAAUUUUUAUUCCAUAGGGGUUAAGAAGGACAGCCACCUUCACAUGGCCAAGACAUUACAAUCUUUUAGCCUACCAAAAGGAAUCUAAUGCAUAUCAGUAGGAAGAUAACAAUAGCUAAUUAACACAAGCUAAAAUUAUUAUUUUCCUUUCAAAUGGUCCUGAUUUAUAGCCUUCAAUUAUUGGCAUCUCAUGUGAGGAAUGUUAGGGUCCCACUCUUUCCAGGUGAGUGUUGCCUGACUGUGUAUUUCAGGGGUGCAGGUUCUUAGCAGCUCUUAAUCAUUAAGUCCUUUUUGCUCCCUGGACAUUGCCCCUGUUUGGUACGUCUUGACAAUUACUGAGGGUCUGUACCAUGCUAAGGGAGGAUCUGAAUGUGAAAGGAGACACUAGCUGACAAAUGGAAAGUGGAUAAAUGGCACCUCCUCAUCUUAUAUGGACGAUUCUCUGCAUCAUCAUUCUGAUCUUACUUAGUCUUUCAGAGGAAGAACCUGAUCUAGGAUGUAAGACAGGAGUGGUUUCUGCCCAUUUCAGGCCUCAUUCUCUAUUCAUUCACACUGCUUUUAUUCUGAUACUUCUGCACGACUGCAGUGCAGUUACCCCUACAGCUAACCUGAACUUAUAGUGCUGUGAGUGGGUGAAGGAGAAAGACCAUGGGCUUGAGGCUGACUCUAAUUUCUCACAAAAACAUCUUAGAAGGUUUACACCAUUCCUACAGCUCCAACCCAAGUCCUGCCAGCUCCUGCCAGAAAGCAGCAGCCAAAGUCUGAAGUGUACAGCUGAGGAAGCCCAUCACUGACCCUUUUACCCCAGGGCUAACUGAAGAAGAACUGAACUUUUGUAACCUGAGGGUUUGAUGGUGGGUGUGUCUCAGGCUUAUUACACUACAUUUGCUUUUGCAUUUUAGAGAGGAUUCCUGCAGGAUCUCUAGCCAGAUUUUCCCUUGGGUAGGCCCUAUGUCACAUGUCAGUUCUGGACAUUUAUCCUUCUAACCACCUGCUGAUUUGCAUAGUGCAGAAUCUGCCCAUAGUAGUACACAGUGCAGCUCUCUGUUGUCAAACUAAUGCUGGUGCUAUGAUAAAGGGAAAAGGUCUCCUCCAGACUUAAAGGGUUCCCCUCCCCUCUGCAGUAAAAGGAAACAACUGUGGUGGCCAUGUGCAGUGUAAAUUAUCUUGAUUCCUUUAAAACAUGUUUUGAAUUGUAGUUUGUUUAGAUUUCUAACCUGUCCCAUCACACACCUCCUGGGAUCAUAGACAUGUUUUAUAAACCAUCCUUAGAAUUUACUGCCUGAAGGCAGUUGCCACUAAGGCCCUCCCAGAGGAGAGCAAAAAUACUUGGGUAUGCAUGUUGUUGGGAUUUUUGAAGGUUCUUUGUAUGUGAAACAAAGGAAAUGAUCCUUACUCUUCCUGAGCAGGGAACCCAGUGGGUCAGCCAAACAAUUACAAAUAAGCACAAGUCUCUCCUCAGCUUUCAGUGAACAAGGCAGCAGGGUCUGCACAUGGAAAAAUUCAGAUUAUGGUAUUUUUCCAAGACAUUUUUUUGCCACAUUAUAAGUUCCUGUUGCUGCCUUUUUCCUAGGCAUGCCAACUAACUUUAUCCUAUACAUCCUAAGUUAAGGGGCUAAAUACCUGUUGGUCUUUCAGUUGCUCCCUUAGGACAUAAGAUGCAUUUAAUUCAGUGACCUCCCCAGACACCUGACUAAAUACAGCCUGUAAAGAGCUUCUUUGUCUAACUGAACAUGUAACUACAGAUCUUCUAAUGAUCUUCCUUCAAAUCUCAAUGCAGUGCAAUAAUAGCACUACUCCCAAGUCCUGGGCAUAGGAUGAGCUGAAUGACUACAUAGGAUUUUUGCCUGUUAAGGUUCAUGUACAUCUGAAAUAUUAAAUAUUUAAUUAAAACUAGAGCUGGGGAACAAGUGGUUUUCUUGUCUUUGAAAAUGUGAGGCUUUGGAGUUUUUUUUCUAUCUGGAUUUAGGAGGAAAAAUAAAAGUCUUCAAAAUUUGUUAUGAACUGAAAAUCCAAUCUUGGUUUCAGUCAAUCAGAAUGUUUUGUUCUGACCAAUUUUUUUUUUUAUAGUACUAUUAUAAUUAUUCUAAAUUACAAAACAAAAAGUUGUUUGCAACCAGAAAACUUAAAUUCUCAUUUUGAAAUUCCUUUCAAAUACCAUUUCAACUUGAGAAAUUUGUUGGAAUAAACAUUUUUCAUGGAAAGUGUUCCUUUUAACAAAUUUCAUGUUUUUUUCAAACUUUAGGAGCGAUGGCAGCCUGUUCAAGGAGCAAUUUCACACAGCUCUAACAAAAAAAAAAUCAUCUAUCCAAGUUACCAGGGUUCUUGCUGACGUUGAGUUAGAAAGUUUCCUGGUUUUGCAGUGAUUAUAGAAUCAGAAAACAUAGGGCUAAAAGGGACCUCAAGAGUUCAUCUAAUCCAAGGCUGUUCAACUUCCAAGGGGCCAGGGGCUGCAUGCCCUGCAGAUUACAGCAGUUCAAGCCAUGGCCCCCCAGGCCAUGUGGAAACCCCCACUGCUACACAGCACUCCAUUCCACUCAUGCGCGAUUUCCACCCCCAGCCACUGUACUGUGUGCCCACACAGCCCUAAACUCACCUUUCACUCCCUACACCAUGCUGCGUUGUCCUGCCACCUGGGGCAGGGCAGGGGCAAGAAGCAGCAGCCAGAGGAGGAAGCAGGAGUUUGGAGUCCUCAGCUGCUGUUGCAGCCAGAGCAAUAGGGGGAGCAGCAGCUGAGCAGGAGCCCAAAGACCACAACUUAAUCCCUUGUAAACCACAUGUGGCCCAUGAACCACUUGUUAAACAGCCCAGCUCUAGUCCUACCCCUGCUCAGGGUAGGAAUAUCUCUGCCUCAGCACCCCAAACAAAUAUUUGUCUAACCUGCAUUUAAAAACUUCCAGCAAAGGGGAUUCCACAACCUCUCUAGGUCCUCUGUUCCAAUACUUAACCAUCUUCAGAGUUAGAACAUUCUUCCUAAUAGCUAACCUAAAUCUUCCUUAUUGCAAUUUAUUCCCAUUGCUUGUCCUGUCCAUGGUGGACAAAGACAACAACUGAGCAUCAUCUUCUUAGUAACAAUCCUUUUUGUAUUUCAGGACUCUUAUCGGAUCCCUGUUAUUUUAUAGUCACUUAAUCCAAAUUAACACACUUGGGGAAUUGUUUUUGCAUGUUCUUGACUGGAGAAACUGUAGGCAAAAUGCUGUCAUUGUCAAGAAGAUGCCAGUCCCCCAGAACCUCACCUCGUGCUGAAUGCGGCUACCAACUCUACUAAACAAACUUACUUUUGUUCUACAAAGUAAAAUGAAUCUCAUCCUUGCCACCCCAUGCAUUCAAAUAGCACACUGAUGAGCAGACUUUUGAAAACCAGAGAUUCCUUUAUAUAUUAUGGGGAGUUUAAACAGGGAAGAAGCCAAAUGGAUUGUGCCAAUGGGGAAACCACAAGGCUAGGUUCUUAGAAAUGGGAAGUGCAGGAACCAUGCUUUUCAGUAGAAGUUUUCAAGGAGGUGGGGUAGAGAAAGACAUUUCUUCUUCAGUCCUCCUGACUCUUCCAUCCAAAGCACGGAGAUGGUGCUUCUGCCAGUGACAGACCAUACGCGUUCCUGCCAACCCUUUGCUGUUGACUAGGGACAAAUAUCAGAUAAACAUCCGUCAGAGAAGAGAAUACAGCUCUGUAUGUAGAGGUGCAGGGGAGCCUCACUGGGGAUUGUGUGAACCCUGGUGGGAUGGGUUGUGUGUAUUUGAAAAAGGCUGUUUGUGACCGAACCCUUCUCAAGUGCUUGUGAUAUAUUGGUGGUUACUGAGCUCAGACCUGCAAAAGGUCCUUUUACAGUACAUGGUGGCGAGGUGAAAAAACCAUCCUGCUGAAAUCAAAAUAUUCUUUCUAUUCCCCCUGCCCAGUUUCUCUUUCUUUCCAGCUUUCUUCUCCCUCUGCCUUCCCCUCCUUUCUCUCUCCCCACCUCUGUUUCUCUCUUCUCUCCUCUGUCAUAAGAAAGUGACUGUGUCCUUUGAAGGAACAGUUUUCUUAUGCCAUUUUAUACACUGUGCUUCAUGUUUAGAACUUUUUUGCACUAGUUCCUAUUACAUUUAUUUUCCAAGAUGGUUUGACAAAAAAAAACAACACAAAACCAUGCUAUAAUUCAGUUGUAUUAAAAAUAUUAUCCUACUACUCUCUGUGUUCAAUAGUCUCUGUACCUGUAAUGCUUUCAGUUCUGUUGUAUUUUGGGGCAGAGGUUUUCUCCGCUCCUUGUUUAACCCAGUAAAGAAAUAAAAUGUUAAGAUUGAUGAUAA